AUGGAAGGCCCUCAGCCAGCCACAGAAAGGCCAUUGGGACCCACGGUCCUGACCUUCCACACCCCUCGAACUGAGAAGAUUAAAGGAGAUCGCUCCUACCAGAGGCCGGUUCUACCUACCCAAAAACACUGGAUUGCUUCAUUGUCCCCAUGGCAACAGCAGCAUCUCCUGAAGCAGACCCACCUCUAUAUCCGAUCGUUCUGUACUGGGUUGUGUGGGUUCACUUUGGUCCUGCUCCUUUGCAUCUCCCCGAUGCCCUGGGUGCAGUUCCUCUUGGCAAAGAAUGGCCUUGAGCUCCAUGCGGGACUCUGGACCUUGUGUGAACACCAUCUCUGCUGGAGCCACAUACCCAGUCCACCCUAUUACCUCCAGAUUUCCAGAUUCUUCUUUCUCCUCUCUGCCUUUACUGCCUUCAUUAUCCUUGCCUGGGUCAUCAACUCCUGCCGGCACAGGAAAGAGCCCAGUACUCACUUGGAUCGGGGAGUAGCCAUCCUCUCUUUGACUUCAGGAGUCAGCCUGUUCAUCUGCCUUGUGCUUUUUCUGAUGCAAGUCAAAAAGCAUACUCGCUACAACAUGGGGUCCUCCUACCUGUGGAUCUUCCACUUCAACUGGUGGGGUGGCUUCUUCUACGUAGUGGCUGGGCUUAUCUCCUUCUUCAACUACAAAACCUUUAGGAUUUUGCCCCGUGAUCUGGAUUUCACUGAAAUUCUCCUAACAAGGAGAAGAUUAGGGAUUAAUCCAAAGAUGUGGUUAUCACCCGCGACAGAAGAAGAAGAGGCAGAAUCAGGGAUGGCUGUGGAUCCAGUAGUGGAAAUAGAGGCCACAGUAGCCUCUUUGGGGAAGAAGGUUGGCCACAAGGUCAACAACAAUAAGUAG